GAUAUUGAAGGUAAACAAAAACAGUGUUCCUAGCUCAUUUCGAUUUGGACUUCUCGUGGAUAUAUAAAAACCGAAAUAAACCUGGCGAUAUACGUGGAUGGACGUUAUUUAGGCAAAAGGGACGUAGAUUUUGUUGAUUGUCUAAAGGAAGACAUCGAACGCUUUUAUGAAAAGUUGCUGAAUAAUAAAUCUGUGUUAGUUUUCCCCCCUUUUCUAAGCAGAUACAGAUAUCUUGCUCACAAAACUGUAGAUGAUUUUUUUUUCCCUGAACUCUGCAGUUUUUCAAUAGGUGUUGAGGAUUCUAGACGUACUUUGGUAGGAUCAACUGACUAUAUUUUAAAGUGCUCUUUGCCAUUUAAAUGCAUACAUGAAAAGUUAAUCUAUGUGUCAGAAAAUGAAGGGAAAGAGAUAGAUUGUGUUUGUUCUGCUCGCAAGAGAUUUUGUUCGACAGUUUCUGAAGAGAAAAAUUUAUCUUUAUCAGCUAAAAAUCAUUAUGGAAUCAUGGAAAAUGUAAAAAAUAGUUUUAAAGAUACUUCUUUUGAGUCUGAAUCCUCUAAAGAAUUUCAAGCUACAUUAAGAGAUCGUCGGAAGAGGCCAGAUAAACAACUUUAUGUACCUAGAGCUCUCAGGACUAAAAAAGACUGUUCAGUUUCUGAAAAUAUAAAAGAUGGAAGUGGUGUUUCAUUAGAAAGUAGUUUUAAUGAUGUACCUUGUGAAGGUACUAAAACUGAAAGUGUGUCUGAUAUAAAUCGCUGCCAAUCCCUAAGAACUAAAAGAAAUAGUUCAGGAUGUAUAAAAGAAGAACUUUGUGAUGUAGAGAUUAAUUUUCAUGAUGUACUUUUUAAAGGUGUUAAAACUAAAAGUACCAAAAAAAAUCAGCACUCACUUGUAAGAACUGAAAGAAAAAAUUUAGUCUCUAAAAAAAAUGAAUUGAGUUUGGAACCUUGUGCUUCAGAAAGUAUUUUUCAAGAUGUACCAUUUCAGGAUGCUGAAAGUCAAAGCGCAUCUAAUGAAAAUUGUAGCUCAACACUCGCAACCAAAAAAGAUGGUUCAGUUUUUGUUCAAGAUGAAGUUAAUGACUCAGUAAACAUUUCCAAUGUUUCCUCUAGCGAUACUGUAAAUAGCUUCGAAUCAACUUGUUACCCGCCAAACGACAAGAAUUUGGUUCCUGAGCAUAUUAAUGCCGUAGAAGAAGAUAUAUGCUCUUCCAAAAUGCCUAGUGAAACUUUCAACUCUUCCAUAUUUGUGCCUGAUUUUAAAAUAAAUUCUGAGAAUGCAAACAUUAUUGAAAAAGAAGAUGGUAUCCACUCUUUUAAAGAUCAGAAUAAUGCUGCAAAUUACAGUAAAGAAAAUUUUAUUUCAUGUUAUCAACCACUCAAAGAGAGAGAUGAGGAUAGCAAAAUAUUAUCUGAAUGUAAAAAUAAAAUCUAUGAAUCUGAGCCAAAAGAAUUAACCGUAAAACAAGUUCUUCAUGAUAUUUCUCCUGAUAUAUUGCUAGUAAAUGAAGAAAUGAGUCAAGAGAAUGGUGAUAUUAAUCUUAACUCAUAUAUUUCUAAUACCGUUAAUAUUUCUGAUAAUAAUCAGUUUUGUGAUGGUGAAAGCUUUGAUAAUGCUAAAAAAAAUUGUGAUAAACCUACACCGGAUGAAGAUUCUUGGGAAACAAUGUUUAAUGAUGAUGGAGAAUGUUUAGAUCCAGAAUUUGCAAAAGAGUUGUGCAAAGUUACUGGUCGUAUGCAAAUUCAUGUGGCAAAAAAUAACUACAGUGAUUACACCCCAAUCUCUGACACAAGUUCAAAUGAAUAUGAUUGCGUUGUAGAGCUGUAUGCAUUUCCUGUUGAGUUUAAGACACAAGAUUUAGUUUCAUCUCUAUCCAUAUUUCAACAAAAUGCAUAUUCAAUUAAAUGGGUUGAUGACUGUCAUGCUUUAGCUAUUUUUAACAGUCCUACUUUAGCUAAUCAAGCUCUUCAACUAUCUAGCCAGUUUGUAAAAUUCCGCGCACUUUCCGAUGGAACUAAAGAGUCUAAAGCCAAAGCCAGGCUCUGUUCAGGUCAGCUUGAACCUUGCAGACCAAGACCUGCUACUUCUGCUGUUUUAGCCCGUCGUCUUGUUUCUGGUGCAUUGGGUUUGAAAGAUAAAACUUCAAAGGAGCAACGAGCCCUGGAAAGAAAUAUGUUAAAAGAAGCUAAAGAGAGAAAAAAACUAAAAGCAAAACAGAGACAAGACAUAUGGGAUGGAGUUGUAUUGUAAUUUAAGAAUAUUUAUUAUUUAAAGUUAAAUUUUAAAGAUAUGUAUAGGGAUUUUCUCCCUCAUUAUCAAUAAAAUAUUGAAUUAUUAUAUAAAAAUAUGUUAUAUAUGUAUGACAAAAGAAUUUUUACUAUAUCAGUAUAUAAAUAUUGAAUUCUAUAGUGUUGAGUGUACAAAAAUAAUUUUAUUGAGCUGUAGUUGGAAUGUGCAGUGUGUGUUCCAAAUUUUGAUUUAUAAAUUUAAAAAAAUAAUUUUUAUUAUUGUUGUAAUAGGUGUAUCCCACUUGUUAGCAUAAAAAAGUUUUCUUCAUAGUAUUAAAAACAGUAUUUUUUUACAACAACACUGUUAAGUUUAUUAGUGUUGGAAUAAGUGAUUAAAGAAACAGAUUAUUUUGUUAUUUUUAAAAAUGUUUAUGGUAAUUUUGUUUUUUGCACUUAGUUAUGAUAGCUAUAUUUGUUAUAUAGUUAACUAAAUUCUCGAGCAUGAUAUUUUUUUUCAAAAAUAUAUUGAAAAGAAUUACCAUUUGUCAAUUUCUGAAUUUAUUAUGACCCCCUUUAUAUAAUGACACCUAAUGUUUAAGUUUGCUGUUAUACAAUUGAAAAAUGUGUAACUUGUGUUUUAAUUUCAGUGAUUAAACGUAAUAAAAAAUCUAAAAAAGUUCAUUGAUUGCAAUGUAUAUUAAUAUUUGAUUGCUCAACAUAAAGAAUAAUUUAUUUAAAAUUAAUGAUUUACUGUUUUAACAUGAAUAAAGAUGCAAAAAGUUUAA